UCCAGCCUCCCCUGGGCUCUCACUGGGGCCAUGGCUCCAGGUUGCCACAUGCUCGAUCCCAGGGGGCCAUGGCACCCGUGAAACCCAGCCUCCUGUGAACAGGCAGCAGGAAGCUUGCCCCUCUGAGCCAUGCUGCACAUUAGCCCAGGUGAUGGCCCCAGAUAUUGAAGGGAACCUUCAUGGAAGCUUCUUGGCCAUCCCCAGGACCAGGAGGGGCAUCCUCAACACCUUGGCCACCUGCACCUGGGUCCUCACACCUCCUGCCUCCUUGACCCCACUGCCCAGGGGUUUUGAAUAACUAACUAACAGGCCAACUAAACUUCCUGCCCAAGGUCCUCCAGCCCAUGGGAGAAUCGGCUGGGCCUCAAACCCUGCCCAGGCCUGGCUGCCGUCCGAGAGCUCCUUCCUGGAAGACGAAGCCCAAGUUUUCUGAGCCCUUCCCUGUGACUGUGGGUCAAGGGCCACUUUGCUUGGCCCUACCUUUGCCCUUGACCCAGACCUAAGCUCAACCAUGGGCCACAGCUGUUGGUGUCCCAGGCCUGAUGCCAGCCCUGCUCUGGCACAUCCUACCUACUCGGGCACAUGCCCAGGAAAGGGAUUGUCACCUCAAGGUUUGCUGAUAACAGCUUGUUGGAUAUAACGGGGAGCUCCCCAGGCAGGCGCCCCACACCUCCCUGACCACGCACCAUGGCCUUCCUCUGGCUCCUCUCCUGCUUCGCCCUCCUGGGCACAGCCUUCGGCUGCGGGGUCCCCGCCAUCCAGCCGGUGUUAAGUGGCCUGUCCAGGAUCGUCAAUGGGGAAGACGCUGUCCCGGGCUCCUGGCCCUGGCAGGUGUCCCUGCAGGACAGCACCGGCUUCCACUUCUGCGGGGGCUCCCUCAUCAGCGAGGACUGGGUGGUCACUGCUGCCCACUGCGGGGUCAGAACCACCCACCAGGUUGUAGCCGGGGAGUUCGACCAGGGCUCAGCUGCUGAGAGCAUCCAGGUGCUGAAGAUCGCCAAGGUGUUCAAGAACCCCAAGUUCAACAUAUUCACCAUCAACAACGACAUCACCCUGCUGAAGCUGGCCACGCCCGCCCGCUUCUCCGAGACCGUGUCCGCCGUGUGCCUGCCCCAGGCCACCGACGACUUCCCUGCCGGGACCCUGUGUGCCACCACGGGCUGGGGCCUGACCAAACACACCAAUGCCAACACCCCCGACAAGCUGCAGCAGGCGGCCCUGCCCCUCCUGUCCAACGCCGAGUGUAAGAAGUUCUGGGGCAGCAAGAUCACCGAUCUUAUGGUCUGUGCGGGUGCCAGUGGCGUCUCCUCCUGCAUGGGUGACUCUGGUGGCCCCCUGGUCUGCCAGAAGGAUGGAGCCUGGACCCUGGUGGGCAUCGUGUCCUGGGGCAGCAGCACCUGCUCCACCUCCACUCCUGGCGUGUAUGCCCGUGUCACCAAGCUCAUACCCUGGGUACAGCAGAUCCUGCAAGCCAACUGAGUCCCCCACCC